AGCCGCCCAGCAACGACAUCAAAGUCAUCAUCGCCAGCAACCUCACUAGCAACUAGGUCUGUACUCGAGUAUUCCUGCAGUCUCCGGGGAAGGGUCCAGUAUUAGUAAUUGCAAUUCGGCGCAGUCUCAUCGUCGCUGCUGAACGCGGACUGUUGAAAGACGAGGGGUUUGUAUGCUUCUUGUACACUUACGCGUUGAUCGUUGCGCGUUGCGAGGCAGGUACACCGAUCGCGAGGGAUAAGAAGACCAGGGAUGCAGAAGUCUGCGGUAUGAACGAGGGUACAUAUGCAGAGGUGCUGGACGCCAGCAGUCGAGCUUGAGUAUGUUUACCAGCGGCGGUCGGAAGAGGGUGCUAAAAGAUGUGGAGAAAGAGACGACUACGACUACGACUACGACUACGACGGCAUUGCGUGAGCGACAUGAGGCGUUAGACGCCGGUGCGGAGACGGGGGACGGUGAGGGACCAGCAAAGAAGCAUAAAGCGAGCGAGAAAGUCGUGGAUCUGGUCGAGGAGCGCGAAGUGAGUGUUGUGCAUCGACACGAGGACGGAAUGGAUAAAACAACGGAGAUUGAGUGGGUGACGCACAAGUCGUCGGUGUUGUUUGGGUCGUAUGCGUACUCUAGACCACAGCUGAGUGGGAGAUCUACAGUGGGCGCGGGGGAGGGAGAGAAAAAGAAGAUUGCGAUUGCAGGGUUUGAUCUCGACGGAACGAUUAUUACGACGCAGUCCGGGUUUGCGUUUGCGCGGAAUGAGAAAGACUGGAAAUUUUUGUUUGGAGAAAAGAAAACUGUGGACAAGUUCAAGAAGUUCAUUGGGGACUCUUCGGCAUCGCAAAACAGGUUGAUUGUGAUCUUCUCGAAUCAGAACGGGAUCGCGCUGAAUCCAAAGAAAGUGAAAGCAGAUCAAACAAAGACCCGGCUAUGGCAGUUCAAGACAAAGCUCGCAAAGCUUUCCAGUAUACUGGCCAGAGACCAGGUGCUGCCGUUCUACGUCGUCGCCGCAACAAACAAGGACGACUUCCGCAAGCCGCAGACGGGCAUGUGGGAGCUCGUGAAGGAAGCGCAUGAGCGACACUUGGCCGGCGCGGAUGGAAACCAGCAGCAGACUACGAUCGAGCUCGACAAGGAGGAUUCAUACUUUGUCGGCGACGCAGCGGGAAGGAAGGGAGAUCAUUCGGCGGUGGACAAGGAGUUUGCGCAGAAUCUGGGAGUUAGGUUCUAUACACCGGAGGAAUACUUUGACGAUGCCUCCGAUUGAUAGAUUGUAUUUCUAUUAUAUUCGCUUGACCGGGCCGAGGGAUGGCACAGGCCAUUCCUUCAUUUCGCUUUUUCUCUCUCUUUGAUCGGCGGUUCUUGAAAAUUUUUUAGAAAAAAGGGCAGGAUGAUGGUGGUGUGUUGCUGUAUAUGGCAAGCUUAUCUGGUGAAGUUUUUUUUUCUUUGCAAAUUUUUUUCAUGCAGAGUGGAGAGGAGUGGGACUGAGUGGAGAAGUUGCUGUAAACAGUAAUACCAGAGCACAGAACACCAGGAGAUAAUAUCAGACGACGGAAAACAGAGCGACGAAAGAGAUCGGGCAGGAGCAGGAGGGUAUAGAACAAGGGCAGAAGGGGUAAGAAUGACAUCAGCGCAGGGAAGAGAGAAUCAGGGGC